AUGGAGCUAGAGAAAAUAGUAACAAAACCAAAAUCUCAUCCACCUUUAAUAUGUAAUAUAUGUGGUGAUAUCGCACGUGGUUUCAAUUUUGAUGUUAUCACAUGUUUAUCAUGUAAAGCGUUUUUUCGAAGAAAUGCUUUCCGAUUAUUGAAAAUACGUCGUUGUCAACGUAAAAAUUGUUGUAACAUAACAAAGGAAACACGUAGUUAUUGCCCAGCUUGUCGUCUAAAAAAAUGCUAUGCAUUUGGCAUGAAUCCGAAGUUAAUUCAAAUUGUUGUUCAGCGCGAAACUAACGGUGGUAUACAUGAACAAUCAAAAAUAGUAAAACAAAAACAAAUUCAAUUACCAACACCUAAACCAAUUGAUCUUCUUGAAAGUGAUCGUUCAACUUUGACAUAUGAACAAUGGAAUCUUCUUUCAAAUAUUAUUCUAUUAUAUAAUGAAAAAAAUGUUAUCAAUCAAGUUAAACAUAUACUUGAAAAAAAGUCUUCAUUACCAGCAAAAUUACGUUUGAAACCUGCUGAUACAAUGGAUCUUAUGAGCAAACCGUUGGAAAACAUUGUACUACUUAUGGAACAUUCACCUCACUUUCGAUGUUUAUCAAGCAAUGCUUAUCGAUCAGUUGCAUUACAUAAUGUAUUUUUCACUGGUGGUCUCGAUGGAUAUUUUGUCGCUCGUGAAACUAAUCAAUUUAAGAAUGUGAGUUAUAUGAUUGCUAGUAGUACUAUUUAUGGACAUGAUUAUAUGAUGAAAUGUUCUCAAGAUAACGAACGAUUGGAGCCAAAUGGAAAUCUAAUUAAAAUUAUGUUAUUUGUUUUAAUAUUUUCAAGUAAUUGUUCAAUGGUUGUAUUUAAUGAUCAAGAAGAUAUCAAUACUAUGUCAAGUUCAAUUGAAUUAAUUCAUAUACAAGAUAUCUAUGUGACUAUGUUAUGGAAAUAUUUAAUUUAUCUAUAUGGACAUAAUGAAGCAGUAAAACGUUUUUCUUCAUUGGUAAAAACUGUUCUUGAUAUGUUAGGUGGAGUAGAAGAACUAUCGAAAAAUGUAACUCUACAUAAAAUGAUUGAUAGAAUUGUAACACAUACAGAACGUGCUUUGGUCAUAGAAGAAUGA